ACCUUUGGACCGCUCCGCGAUCAUGGCUUCCUUGACGAAGGUCCAGAGUAGUCUGGCGAUGGACCUGCUGCGGAAUCAAGUGGCCAUAGUCACCGGCGGGGGCACCGGCAUCGGAAAAGCCAUAGCGAAGGAGCUCCUGCACUUGGGAUGUAGUGUGGUCAUUGCAUCUCGUAAAUUUGAUAGAUUAAAGGCCGCUUCAGAAGAACUGAAGGCCAGCUUGCCUCCCGACCAGCAAGCUCAGAUCACGCCUAUCCAGUGCAACAUCCGCAAAGAGGAAGAGGUGAAUAAUUUGGUGAAAUCCACUUUAGAUCUUUAUGGUAAGAUCAAUUUCUUGGUAAACAACGGAGGAGGCCAGUUCCUGUCUCCUGCUGAACACAUCAGUGCAAAGGGAUGGCAUGCUGUGAUUGAAACCAACCUGACAGGCACCUUCUACAUGUGCAAAGCAGUUUACAACUCCUGGAUGAAAGAGCAUGGAGGAUCGAUCGUCAAUAUCGUUGUUCUUAGUAAAUAUGGAUUUCCCAUGGCUGUGCACAGUGGAGCUGCAAGAGCAGGUGUUCAUAACCUCACCAAAACCUUAGCUUUGGAAUGGGCCCACUCCGGAGUCAGGAUCAACUGUGUGGCUCCUGGGACAAUAUACUCGGAGACUGCUUUUGCGAACUACGGGGAUCUUGCAGAGGAAUUGUUUGGGAACUAUCACCAUAUCCCAGCCAAACGACUGGGAAUUCCUGAGGAGAUCUCCUCGCUGGUGUGCUUCUUGCUGUCUCCCGGAGCUUCCUUCAUUACUGGGCAGCUGGUGGAUGUGGAUGGGGGCCAUUCUCUGUACAAUCACUCAGUCCGCAUACCAGAUCAUGACAACUGGCCUGAAGGAAUAGGGGACUUCUCAACUGUGAAGAAGCUGAAGGCAUUUUACAAAACUAAGCAGAAGCUCUAAGUUAAGAAAACAAGGCUUUCUUUUCCCUCAAGUGCCUUAACAUCUCGAGAAAGACUUGAGAGUUUAUGCUUUGUAUUAAAAAAAUCACUCUCUGCUCUCUAGAAGUGCUGUACAUCUUAUUGAUGCAAAAACUAUUUCUCAAAACAAAUUCACUUUAACCUGUAAUUCAAUAAAAAUUAAGAAGGGAA